AUGGACUUUAUUGAAUUAAACUCAAGAUCAAAUUUAAUAAUUAAUAAAUAGUCUAAUUCUUACUAUAUUUGCUAUUAGCAUUAAUAUUAUAAUUCGGGUGGAUAAUCUACUUCUUUUAUCUGUAUGUAAGCAUCAUAAAAUAUUUUCAGCUCAUCCAAAGAAAUAAGUAUAAAAUCUUGUUUAAAGAUGAAUUAAUUAAGUAGUUACUUUUAAAUUAUUUCUAAAAUUGCACCAAAAAAUACUUCACAAUUAGAAGUAAAAAUUGUAUCAAGAAGUCCAACCCUUAAAAGAAAUUAGCUUAGAUUAUUUUCUUCUAAACCUAUUAAUGCAAAUAUUCCCUUACUAAUAUAUAUACUUUUGAUUUCAGUUUGCUGA